AUGGCAGUAGGCAAGGGCCUUUCAGGCCUCCUCAGUGGGACACCACUCAUUGUCGUCAUCACCAUCGCCAAUGCCUGUUCCAUGGCAUGGUUCGGCUAUGACCAGGGUGUCUUCUCCGGUGUCCUGAUCUCGGCCGAUUUCAAGAAACAUUUCCCCCAGACCAGCGAUCCGAAUAUCUCGGGCAUCACCUCGAGCUGCUUCUCCCUCGGAGCCUUCUUCGGAGCCAUCUUCGCUUUCACGAUGGGUGACAAGCUCGGCCGCAAGAAGUCGGUGGCCAUCGGCCUGACCUGCAACCUUAUCGGCGCCAUCCUGCAGAUCGUGUCGUGGCACCUUCCACAGAUGAUCAUCGGCCGCGUCAUCAACGGCUUCGGCAUGGGCCUGACGUCGGCGACCUGCCCCGUCUACCAGGCCGAGUGCUCCAACGCUCGCGUCCGCGGCAAGCUCGUCGUCGUCGGCUCUCUCGCCAACACGGCCGCCUUCUGCCUGUCCAACUGGAUGAACUACGGCCUCUACUUCCAGGGAAGCGCCCUGCAGUGGAGGUUCCCGCUCGGCUUCCAGCUCAUCUUCCCCGUCGUCGUCGCCGUCGCCCUUCUGUUCUCCCCCGAGUCUCCCCGCUGGCUCUUGCUCAAGGACCGCCACCAAGAGGCCCUUGAGGUGAUCGCCCGUCUCGAGGGCAAGGGCAAGACCAUUCACGACCCCGAUGUCACAGCCCAGUUCCUGUCGAUCCAGUCAGCCGUGCAGAUCGAGCGCCGCGACCGCGUGCCUGUCAUGGACGUGUUGAAAUGCAAGGACAAGACCCAGAACCUCAGGCGGCUGCUGCUAUCGUGCGGCACACAGUUCAUGCAGCAGUUCAGCGGUGUCAACGCCCUCGGCUACUACCUGCCCACCCUCCUCCAGCAGAGCGUCGGCCUCGAUGAGCAGGAGAGCCGUCUGAUGACCGGUAUCAACGGGACAAUCUAUCUUGGCGCUGCCUUCUGUUGUCUGUUGAUUAUUGAUCGGUUUGGACGCCGCAAGAUGAUGUUGUACGGCUCUUUGACCAUGGGCUCCUGCUAUCUCGUCGCAUCCAUGUGUCUCAAGGCAGCGGAGAAGGACCCGUCUCGGGAGCGCAUUCUCGGCAAAGUUACAACCGCCAUGUUCUUCCUGUACUACUUCUUCUACGGAACCAGCUUCGCCAAGGUCCCUUGGGUGUACAACUCCGAGGUCAAUUCUAUCGGCUGGCGGACCCGCGGUGCGGCUGCCGCCACCGCGACCAACUGGAUGGGCGGCUUUAUUGUGACGCAGUUCACAAAAGUUGGUGUCAACAACCUCCACUGGAAAUUCUAUCUGAUCUACGUCAUCCUCUGCUGGGCCUACUUCCCCGUCGUCUUCUGCCUGUACCCAGAGACGUCGCGGCGCACUCUCGAGGACAUGGACGAGAUCUUCAUCCGCAACCCGUCGCUAAUCGUGUGCGGCAAGCCCGAGCUGACACAGCGCGAGCGGCCCCAGGAGUUCAUCGAGGCCGAGGCACAACGUGUUGCUGAUGCUGAGAACGAGGAGCUGGGUAAAAAGGGGGUUGCUGGGAAUGGGGUGACGGCGCAUGAUGAGCGUGUGUGA